AUGGUUCACUUGUCCCCUAUUGCCCUGGCAUUGGCCAGCAUUCUUCCUCAAUUAACCCAAGGAGCCGGCUUACACAGCGCUGCCGUUGCAAAGGGAAAGCUAUACUUCGGAUCAGCUACUGACAACCCCGAGUUGACCGAUACUGCAUACCUUGCCCAACUGAGCAACACAGAUGAGUUUGGUCAAAUCACUCCUGGUAAUGCGCAAAAGUGGGAUGCAAUCGAACCAUCACAAAACACCUUCACUUAUACCAACGGUGAUACCGUUGCUAGCCUUGCUGCUCAAAAUGGCCAGAAGCUCCGAUGUCAUACUUUGGUUUGGCAUAGCCAGUUGCCUAGCUGGGUCUCCAGUGGUACUUGGACCAAUGCAACUCUGAUUGCUGCCAUGAAGAACCACAUCACCAACGUAGUGACUCACUACAAAGGCAAAUGUUAUGCUUGGGAUGUUGCCAACGAAGCCCUUAAUGAAGACGGCACCUAUCGUGACAGUGUCUUCUACCAAACCAUUGGCGAGGCAUAUCUUCCCAUCGCAUUUGCGACAGCAGCUGCCGCAGACCCAGAUGCCAAGCUCUAUUACAAUGAUUACAAUAUCGAGUCCCCCGGUUCCAAGUCAACGGGUGCCCAGAGGAUUGUCAAGCUCGUGCAGCAGUAUGGUGCGAAGAUCGAUGGCGUCGGCCUGCAAGCACAUUUCAUCGUCGGAAGCACACCCAGUCAAAGCGCGCAAACUACCAACCUAGCUGCGUUCACAGAUCUGGGGGUCGAGGUUGCCUACACUGAACUCGAUAUCCGGAUGACACUGCCGUCCACUGAUGCCUUGCUUGCGCAGCAGUCGACCGAUUAUCGAAAUAGCGUUGCGGCUUGUGUGGCCAACACCAAGUGUGUUGGUGUUACUAUCUGGGACUACACUGACAAGUACUCUUGGGUUCCGAAUACAUUCUCGGGUCAAGGUGCUGCAUGUCCUUGGGAUGAGAAUUUGGUGAAGAAGCCGGCUUAUGACGGUAUCCUGGCUGCUCUAGAUGGUGCGGCUUCAUCAACCACGCUCUCCACUACCCUGGCUACUACGACUACUACGAGUGCUUCUGGGGGUGUUACUGGUGUUCCUCUCUACGGCCAGUGUGGGGGCUUGGGUUGGACUGGUGGCUCGACUUGCGCAAGUGGAACCUGUAAGUAUGUCAAUGACUGGUAUUCGCAGUGUCUGUAG